AUGACUGGCGCCAUCACCGCCGUAACAGUCAUGGGGACUAUGUACGGCGCGGGAUUGAAAAGCAGACAGGAGUACAAGCAGCUCUCUACACUGGUCGUUUGGUUCCGGCUUCCUCCCCUGUUGCUCGACGGAUCCUCCAUUGGCAAGUCCAACGCUAAUGCCCUAGACAUCCAGGAGAGAAGACGGAUGCUAGAAGCCACACCCGAAGAGAUGAUCUCCCAGCUUGAAGUCGCACGGUCCGAAUUGGUCAGCAAGAAGAUUGAGCUUGAGAGGAAGAUUGCGACGAUCUCUGCGCGAAGGCAGGAGAAGGAACAAGAGCAGAAGGGAGCGAGGUGA